AUGGAGCCGUACACGGUGCCGGGGGCUCAGCUCUCCAUGUCCGACCUUUACUCCGUCAUCCCCUUCAAUGUCACCUUCCCGGACGAGGAGAGGGGCUUGGUGGGCGACGGGGUACAGAACUACACCGAGCAGCAGAGUCCGGUGAGGAGCACCGGGGGUAUAAUCAUAGCCAUAUCCAUCACGGCUCUCUACUCCGUCAUUUGCGUGGUGGGACUCCUGGGCAACGUCCUCGUCAUGUACGGGGUGGUCAGAUACACCAAGAUGAAGACAGCCACAAACAUCUACAUCUUCAAUUUGGCUCUUGCUGACGCCUUGGCCACAAGCACACUGCCCUUCCAGAGCGCCAAAUACCUCAUGAACACCUGGCCGUUUGGGGAAGUCCUGUGCAAGCUCAUUAUUGCCAUCGACUACUACAACAUGUUCACCAGCAUCCUUACACUUACCAUGAUGAGUGUGGACCGCUACAUUGCUGUGUGCCACCCAGUUAGGGCUCUGGAGUUUCGGACAGCGGCCAAGGCUAAGAUGAUCAACGUGCUCAUCUGGGUCCUGUCCUCUGCGAUUGGGGUACCCAUAAUGAUCAUGGCUGUGACCAAAGUGGCAGAUAAUGGUAAAAUCAUGUGCAUGCUGAAGUUCCCUGACCCUGACUGGUACUGGGACACAGUGACAAAGAUCUGCGUCUUCAUCUUUGCUUUUGUGGUUCCUGUGAUGGUCAUCACCAUCUGUUAUGGCCUGAUGAUCCUGCGUCUGAGGAGUGUUCGUCUGCUCUCAGGCUCCAAGGAGAAAGACCGCAACAUGCGCCGCAUCACCCGCAUGGUCCUGGUUGUGGUGGCGGCCUUCAUCAUCUGCUGGACCCCCAUCCACAUCUUCAUCAUUGUGAAGACCAUGGUGGAGAUUGACAGCAGGAACCCCUUUGUGAUAGCCAGCUGGCACCUGUGCAUCGCCUUAGGGUACACCAACAGCAGCCUCAACCCUGUCCUCUACGCAUUUUUGGAUGAAAACUUUAAGCGAUGCUUCAGGGAUUUCUGCCUUCCCUGUCGGACCCGUGUGGAGCAGCACAGUUUGAGAGGCCACAACACCACCAGGGAGCCGGUGUCCGUCUGCGCUCCAACAGAAGCGGGGAAGAAGCCGGCAUGA